ACGCUUACAACACUGGAAGAACAUUCUGUUUUAUGAAGUGGGUCUAAAUCUGCAAUUUCCUUUUCAGAGACCUGGAAUUCAGCGGUAUUUGCCAGAAAGACCUCCGCCGCUGUGCCCUACUAGGCAAAGGUGGAUUCGGAAAGGUAAUUUUCUCAGUUCAUUAGAAGUAUUGGUACAUUUAUUUUCUCAUUUAGGCUAACUAAAUGCUUUCUCUCAUUCCAGGUUCUCCUUAUUCAGCACAAUACCACAAAGAAAUAUUGUGCUGUAAAAGCCAUGGCCAAAGAGAAGAUCUACACCUCUGAUGACAUUGAUGGAAUCUUGACAGAGAAACGCGUCAUGCAAAUCACCAAGGAGAGCCUUUAUACUGUCAAUUUAUACGCCACUUUCCAUACAAAGAAUAUGCUCUUCUUUGUAAUGGAGUUUGCUGCCGGUGGCAGUGUAAGGACCCACUUGCAGAAGGCUAGAACUUUUGACAUACCGAGGGCUAGGUUCUACGCAGCCUGUAUUACACUGGGUUUGGAGGAGUUACAUGAAAAAGGCAUUAUACACAGGUAAGCAAAAAAAAGUGUUGGUUUCACAGCUUACGUCUUCAGCUGACUAGCAGGAAAUACAUUGUUCUGGCACAUACAGAACAAGAUAUUACAUAACAUUCUUUUGUAUUUAUUACAGAGA